GAGCAGAAAGCGAGCGGUCACACGUACCUGCCGAGCGACUGGUCAAAGCGAAAUGCAAUCAUUCAAGAUGUCGGCAACACACUGCCCGAGGUUCGAAUGGAGUACUUCUUCGCGGCUCUUCUUCCACCGCUGCGCAGAAGCCUUGAUCCUGUAGCGACGGUUGAGAAGCUCAAAGACAAGGGUCAGAUUGUACAUGACGGCUGGGCAUGCUUGAAGGGCGGUCUAGCCGAAGCCGACGAAAAUGAAUGCGGCGACUUUAAGUCACUCGUAGAUAUUGUGCAGGCCAUUGCUGAUGCCAGUCCUCACGUCAAGGACAAGCAGCUCUUGAUACUUCGUCAGGAUCCUUCCCAAGCGCCAAAGGCCAACACGAGAUCGGCCAAGAGCCGUCCAUAUGGAUAUCUUGUGAAAGCCGGCGAACAAGAAGGAGCGGCACGGUGGGUGGACAUCGGGCUUUGCGCAGGGUAUAGCAAGCAUGGUAGUAAGAAAGAUCGAAAUGAUAACGUGCGCCUGGUGGUUUGGAGUAUGGGCCAGUGCAUGCGCGAGGAUGUCCGGCGUCGAUUCGUGUACGGUAUGACGAUCGAGAACAAGACAAUGCGCCUAUGGAUAAUGCAGGAUGUCAAGACCGUCGUGAACAUGUUCCAGGCGUUGAUGUACGCCGAGGAGCACCAAGUCGGCUGGGAUCCCACCGUCGCAUACGUGGUGCACAAGAACAAGGGCGCGGCGGACGAGAUCGAGCUCGCAGAGGACAACUCGCCACGCGUGGAUAUCCUGGUGCGGGAUGAGGAUGGCGAGGAAACGUGGUUUCGUACUAACAAACCGAUCUCUGACUCUGGAGCCAAUUGGCCGCAUGGGCGAGGAAUACGCGUGUGGAAGGCCCGGGAGCUUGUCAUGGAUGAGAGGACUGGGGAAGAGAAGGAAAUCUACGACUACCUUGUGUCGGAGGGGUGA